GGGAGGGAGGGAGAGAGAGAGAGAGAGAGAGAGAGGAGAAGAGGAGAAGAGGAGGCAACAAAGGAGGGGAUUGUGUGAGAGAGAGAGAGCUGCUAGUUCGCCGGGCUAGGCUGUGGGGGAUGGAGGUGGUGGACGACGGGGUCACGGAUGAGGCGGGGCGCAGCAAUAGGCCCGAGAGAGAGGGAAGUGAGGGAGGGAGGAAAGGCGGGGCGUUGACUUAAGGUGCCCCUAUCCUGGUGUGUGCUGCUUGCUUGCGCGCUUGCUGGCUGGCUGCCUUCGGUUAGCAACAAAAGGGAAGGAUUUGGACACCACAGGGGCCGAUAUGGUAUGGUCACGGCAAUAGCAGACGAUGAAGGCCAUCUUUGUUCUUUCCACAAGUCCAACUCCCAGAAUUUGAAGCGCAGGCGCCCCCCGCCCAGCCAGCGCAGCGCGCCUCGACCAAGCCUCGCUGCAACGAGCCGAGUCGAGCAUACGCCUUGCGCGCAGGUCGGCGUCGUCGACGACGCACCGAUUGAUAGGUCGGUCAUUCCUCAGAGGAAGGACCGGGGAGAGAGAGAGAUAGAGUGCAUCGAGCAGCGCGUCGAAGAUCUUCACCGUCUGAUGAUUAUGUCCGGGAGAGGGAGGCGAACUCGGGCUCUCUUAAGUCUGACGAUGGAGCCUCCGUUCGGUUGCUCGUGGGUCACUAGGAUCAACAGAAAGAACGUCCGCGUCAAGAGAUUGGAUCCACCAAUGUCUGCCUUUCUGCCAUACUGGUGACUCUUUUCGUACAUGAACACUGACAGCGGAUGCUUUCGCCCUCGGAGCAUCGUCUCGGUCCGUUUAGGGCAGGCAGGCAAGCAGGCAGGCACGCAGGCAGGCAGGCAGCGAGGGAGCGACGGUCUUGCUCUGUUGGUGUGUGGGUGUGUGUGUGCACUUUCUCUGCGGCCUUGAUCUUUCCUUGAGCAGAAGGGAGGUGUGAGAGAAGGAGAGCGAGGUAGAGAGAUAGAGAAAGGAAGAGCGAGGUAGAGGCGUUGAGGGGGCAGGGCGACAUCUGUAGUUUAGUAUCUGCAGGCCGGCGAGGAGCGGAGGUGGGGGGGAUAAUAUGCAAUGGGAUCCGGUGUGUCACACUUGGUGGGGUGCUUCAUUCGCCCUCGAGAUGGUUCUUCCGACGGCGGACUGGGAUUGCAAUUCUCGGAGCCCCUGGAUGAAGGUCUCGGCCACUCCUUUUGCUACGUACGCCCUCCACCUCUCGGCUCCCCUUCAUUAAUUUCGCCGGAGAAGUCCGACGAGUUCCCGCUCACGAAUGGGAAAAAUCCCCCGGUGGUGACUGUAGAGGCGGAUGAAGCAUUUGUCGAUGCAGCCGACUUGUCAAGCUCCCACAAGGAGGAAAAGACGAUUUCUUGCGCCGAGAAAAGCAAGGCUACCGUCGAAAGAUUAAAAAUUCUGCCGGAGAAGACGAAGGCAAUCACCAUCGACCAGAAGCCUAAGAAUGUCUCGGAGACCUCUUUCAAAUCUAUCUCUGGGGCGUCUGUGUCCGCCAACACGGCCACUCCUCGCUCAAUCCUCUCAUGUGAGCAAUUCAAUUCAUUUUCUAACGCUCUGUAUGAUCGAGCAGCCGCUUUUGCCAGCACUUCCUCUUUUUCGGCGCUGCCUCUGCAGCCAGUCCCAAGAGGAUUCUCGGGCCCUCUGUCCGGACCUCUUGAUCGAGGUUUCGCCUCGGGGCCCCUCGAGAGAGGUUUCAUGUCGGGUCCGCUGGAGAGAGGUUUCAUGUCUGGUCCCUUGGAACGAGGGUACAUGUCUGGUCCGCUCGAUCCCGUCGACAGAACUCAUUUCUCUGCUCCCCUAAAUGGGCCUUAUCAUUAUUCUAGCGGCUAUUUCAGAAAGAGGAAGAAGUCUCUCGUUCGAUUUAUGAGGAGUAUGAGCGGCCCCAUGAAGAAAGCCUUAGCCCGAACUGCCACCUCUCUGGCCAAAACCCAGAGAUCCAUCGUAGCGCCCGUGAAGAGUUACGUUUUCAGGGAAAAUAAAGAGAUCAAGGACAGUGGAGACAAGGAAGCCGUCAAGGCACCUCGAAAGUCUGUGGACUCGGCCGAGAAUGUCUGCUACACUUCUUCAGAACUUGAUUUGAGGGAAGGUGACAAUCUGCAGUGGGCUCAGGGGAAGGCUGGAGAGGAUCGCGUUCACUUGGUGCUCUCCGAGGAUCAUGGAUGGCUCUUUGUGGGCAUAUACGAUGGUUUCAAUGGUCCAGACGCACCCGAUUUUCUCAUGAGCAAUCUUUAUCCCGCUGUCUCUCACGAACUGAAAGGACUCCUGUGGGACACGAAAGAAGAAGAAUGUACGGGUUCAGCGGAUGCGGAGUGUGAGUGGGAAGUCGUCGGUGCGAGGCAAAGUGAUGGAGGAGAAACAAUUGCAGCUGAAGAUAUUGCUGAGCCGAGGAAGGAGAGAAGUCAACGAGAAGGAGGACGAAGGCGAGGCUUAGGAUUAGUUAGAGUGGGUCAGAAUCGCAGAUGGGGCAGGCGGGCCCUAAGUAGGAGUAGCGAGAAGGUUAUAAAUGAAUCCGAGCACGACGCUGGAGGGGACAUACAAAAUUUGCGAGUAGAUGGCACUUGUUUUCCAGAGGAGUGUGAGGAGGGGUCUUGUGCAAACGAGAUUCAGUCAGGUGUGUGUGAAGCCUGUUCCGUGGACCCAGGCGUUUCACACUCAGGAGGAGCGGAUUCCUUGCCAGGGGGUGAAAUUAAUCUCUCUAGUCGAGGAGAUGAAGCGGCUUCCCCAGUUCUCGCUUCAGGCGGUGCUGAAAGGAGACAGAAAACAUUUGCACAUGAGCAGGAAGGUAAACUCGCCGAAGACAGGACGAAUGGCGAUGAUGAAGCCCAGGGUGACCCGUCUUCAGAGCAGCUAGAGUCCACGUCCGAAAGCUCCUCACAUGCAAAGGAUCCGAGGCUGAAUAGGAGGAGACCUUCUUCGGGAUUUAAACUUCGUCACGGUCACGAGAGAAGGAAAGAGCAAUUACGAAAGUACUUCCAAUGGAGGUGUGAUUGGGAUCAGGAUAAAGAAGGGACAGUACAGAAAGUACACAGUGCGAAAGUAGGUCAAGAACCUGACACGGUCGCUGACGAGAGGACUUCUGAUCACUCCGCCAUAUUGAAAGCCUUGGCCAGGGCUUUGCAAAAUACAGAGAAUGCUUACCUUGACAUGGCCGACAACGCUUUGUAUGAAAAUCCUGAGCUUGCACUUAUGGGUUCAUGCGUCUUAGUGAUGGUUAUGAAAGAUGAAGAUGUAUAUAUAUUGAACGUGGGAGAUAGUCGAGCCGUGUUAGCCCAACAUCCAAGAGCAGAGGCCGUUCUAGGAAAAGCCUGUAGGAAUGGAGCCCAUGGGAGUGACUCAGGUUCAAGAGACUCUAUUCUUCGGGUGGAACUUGAGCGCAUAAUUGAAGAGACUCCUUUGGAGCUCGAGGCUUUAGAAUCGGCUCAUGAAAAUGGCCGUGUCGGUGGCCCUCCACCCCUUUGCGGAGCGUCUCUGUUGGGUGCUCUCCAACUUACCACAGAUCACAGCACGAGCAUCGUUGAGGAAGUUCUCAGACUCAAGUCAGAGCAUUCUGAUGAGGACACAAUCCACAACGAUCGUGUCAAAGGGAGACUUAAAGUUACCCGUGCAUUUGGUGCUGGUUUCUUGAAGCAGCCGAAAUGGAACAAUGCUCUUCUUGAAAUGUUCCGAGUCGAUUUUAUCGGGACGGCUCCGUACAUAACAUGCACACCAGCUCUCUAUCAUCACAGAUUAGGUCCUCAGGAUCAAUUUUUGGUGCUUUCAUCCGAUGGAUUGUAUCAAUACCUGAGCAACGAGGAAGUGGUAUCACACGUGGAAUGGUUUAUGGAAAAGUUUCCAGAUGGAGACCCCGCACAACAUCUCAUAGAAGAGCUACUGUUUCGUGCUGCAAAAAAGGCUGGUAUGGACUUUCACGAGUUGUUGGACAUUCCUCAGGGCGACCGCCGCAAGUACCAUGAUGAUGUAUCCGUGAUUGUGAUUUCACUCGAAGGAAGGAUUUGGCGAUCAUCAGGUCAGCAGUGCCAACUCGAACUCCUAAACUCUCAAGAAUGUGACGUUGAGGUGCACGAGGCACAAGAAGAGCAUCACGAAGACUGUGAGAUCUCGAGCAAGACUGGAUCGAUGUGGAGAAUGAAAAAGUUGGAACCAUGGGCUCGUUGGUUGUGCACACCAUACUACUGAAGUAGUAAUAGUCGUUUUUCUUGUGGCUCUGUCGGCACUGUACAAUAUUUAUGAGGAAAGACCAGCUCCGUCUUCUUCGAGCAUCUCCGUCGUGAAGCAUACAGAUGUAGGAAGAGCUAGACAGGCCAUAAUGUACCUCUGCCCAUUCCUACCCUUCAUUUUGGCAUGUCAAAGAUGUAAUUACCAGCAUUAAACUAAGCACACUCAUCGAGGGAUGUAGUUUAAGUAACAUUCUUGCACACGCUUGAAAGGUAUCCCCGUUUCGUGUAUAAACAGAAUCAGAAACGGGUCCACUUAUCGUGCCACUCGGGUUCUUCUUUUCAUAGCAGCUGCAGGGAUCCUCCUGUCCCUAGUUAGGACUUCCCCACCUCCGAACCACGCCCCAUUAUCCGAUACAUGUUCCGAUUACAUAAUUUUGUUGAAGGCUCGAAACUCCUGAAUUGUAUGCUCAUCUUUCAACUGUAUUUGGUCGAAAUCUCUGUCAAACAGAGGCCAGGCCGAACACCAGGCCCAAGGUCAUGGAAUCAAUUCUUAUUCAACGAAUUGCAC